AGUUUGAACAUCUUUGUUUGGAAGACCCAACGGCUUAAAUAUUAUUAUAUUAAUGAAAUUAAACAGACGGAAAGGCUCACACAUCAAUUAAAAUAAAUUAAAAAUUGUAUACUAGAACGUGCAAACGAUAUAUAAUUACCCACAUGUAUAAUUACCCACAUUUAUACUGCAUGUGCAAAUAAUAGCCUGAAAUAGCGGUCAUAUGGAGAUUCCAACCUCGAUAUAUACUCCCAUCUUAUAUCCUAUUAUAUUCCACGCUUAUCAAAGCCUAGCCAUCUAACCCUUUCCUCAAUUCUUCACAAACACUCAUAUUUUUUCGUUGACCAAAAAAGAAAAAUAAAAAAUGGCUGCUGAAGAAGUUUUGAAUCUUUUUGAUUCAUACUGGUUUGAGCAUGCAAUUUUCAGCUCCAUAUCCUCAUCACAAUCCCAAGAGAUCAUCAAAGCCAACCUUUCUCGCCAAAUCCCGGAAGAAAUCCAAGAACCGGAAUUUUCUCGCUUGCCAAUCAUGCAUGUAAGAUCUCUAAGUGAGCAGCUUUUGGACACCAAAACAAGCUUUUUGUCCGAUUAUUUAUCUCCAAAAUCAGUCCUCAUCAACACUUCAAAGCUGCAAACCAUCCUCUCUGGGAAAGAAGUCGCAGAGUUUUCCGAAGAAAAUACUGUGAAAAAAGAAGAGGUAGAAGAAAUUUCCAUGAAAAAAACAACCUGUGGUCGAAGAAUUACAAGAAAGAAAAAGGGAAGCAGUAAGAGCUUGUCAGACCUGGAAUUCGAUGAGCUUAAAGGGUUUAUGGAUCUCGGUUUCGUUUUCACUGAGGAAGACAACAAGGAUUCGGAAUUGGUUUCGAUAAUUCCUGGUCUGCAAAGGCUUGGGAAGAAAGAGGAAGAAAAUAAUAAAGAAAAGGGCAAGAAGGAGAAGAAUAUUAAUGAUGCUGACUGUAGUCAUGUGGUUUUAAGGCCUUAUCUUUCUGAGGCUUGGGAUGUUUUGGAUUAUCAAAGAAAAAAAGAGAAGCCAUUGAUGAUGAUGAAUUGGAGGAAAACAGCUUUGGGUAAUGAAAUUGAUAUGAAGGAUCAUCUUAGGCUUUGGGCUCAUUCUGUUGCAUCAAGUGUAAGAUAACAAAAAAUAAAGAGUGCGUUACUCCUUUUUUUAUUUUUUCACUUUGCUUUAAUUUUAUGUUUUUGCUAAAUUUGUGAACUUUGUUUAGGAGAAAAUUUUUGUACAUGUAAAUAAAGAAACCAAAUAUUUAUGUCUUAAUUUGAAUACAUUUUUUUUUUGUUUUUUUGGGAAAAAAAGAAAAGAAAAAGAAAAAGAAAAAGUAGUUGCUAAAUUCCUCUAGAAAUAAUGUUUGUAGAUAAUACAAGUUGGAUUUUGAUGGUUGAUUCAUUUGCUUAUAUCUUUGUUUAAAAUAUCAAAAUAAAGAAAAAUAAUGAAAAUGUCCAAAUUCAAAGA